GUGAAAGUGCGCUCUCGGCGGCGCCGGUGCGCGAGGUUGCGGGCUUGCUUUAGUGGCCUGCCCCGCGCCCGCCGCUGCCAUGGACGGUCUGCGCCAGCGCUUCGAACGUUUUCUGGAACAGAAGAACGUGGCCACCGAAGCGCUCGGGGCGCUCGAAGCAAGGACCGGUGUAGAGAAGCGGUAUCUCGCCGCGGGAGCCCUCACCCUUCUCGGCCUGUAUCUUCUGUUCGGCUACGGGGCCUCUCUACUGUGCAAUGUCAUCGGAUUUGUAUACCCCGCAUAUGCUUCAGUCAAAGCUAUCGAGAGCCCAAGCAAGGAAGACGACACUGUGUGGCUAACCUACUGGGUGGUGUACGCCCUGUUCGGUCUGGUCGAAUUCUUCAGCGAUCUACUCCUGUUCUGGUUCCCUUUCUACUACGCGGGCAAGUGCGCCUUCCUGUUAUUUUGCAUGACGCCCGGACCCUGGAACGGGGCAUUACUUCUGUACCAUCGCGUCAUAAGACCACUCUUUCUAAAGCACCACAUGGCUCUAGACAGCGCCGCGAGCCAGCUAAGCGGAAGAGCAUUGGACCUAGCAGCUGGGAUAACCCGGGACGUACUUCAGGCCUUGGCUCGGGGCCGGGCUCUCGUCACCCCAGCAUCAACAUCGGAACCCCCAGCCGCUCUGGAACCGGACCCCAAGUCAAGUCAGACCCCAGUCCUGAACCACAAGUGAAGAGGUCUGGCAGUCUGUGUGCAGAUUCCCCAGCCAAUGACAAGGAACACACAGCUGAUAAUGUCCAGGCCUCUGACAACUCUUCAG